GAUAGAAUGAUAGCAGAGGCACAUUGCUUUGAAAAGUUUGUAAAGACUGCACCAGAUGACAACUCAAUAGUCUAUGGUGAGCAUCUCUCAAAGCUUGAAUCAGUUGACAAUGAAUCACAACUACCUUAUGACUUACAACUAGAGAAAGGAUUCUUUACAGAUUUGAAAGUGUCGACUGAGGAGCACAAGACUACUACUCAUCACUCGGCGAUGAAGUCACCAUCGGCAGAGGCACCAGCAUACAUUCAACAUAUAUUCGCUCUAGAGCGUCUGACAGAGGGUGUUACACAAUGGAUAGAUCAUGCGAUAAAUAAGGCAUUGGGAAAUGAUAUUCAUAAUCAACAUCAUCAUCAUGCUAGUUCAUCAUCGGGUAACACUGCUGUCAAGGCAUUCGCAUGGCAUCCACAACAACAAAUAAUGGCCGUGUGCAAUUCCAAUGACAUUGUGUUGAUCUACAACUUCCAGCAACAUGGACGUGCCAUGAUGCUAUCUGCGCCACCACUCUCACUCUGGAUGGAGUUCCAAGUUGGUGUCACUGACCUCCAAUGGAAGCCAAACGCGCCCUACACCCUCGCCAUCGCGACCAAGAAUGGAGUUGUAAUAUGGGAGAUUGACUUUAAUGAUAUAAGGAGCGUUCCAAGCAAUGCAUCAAAGAGUAAUACUAAUGCGAUCGUGUUGACAUAUCCUUAUUUUGCACCGACGACCUUGUCUUGGUCAUCGAAUGGACUGCAGUUGGCAUCUGGUUCACCAGGCAUACACUCGGUAAUCGUUUGGGAUGUGGCAUCACGUGUUCCAACAUCAAUCGCAAGACAUGGUGGCAAUGCACACAUAUCAUUCUCUCCACACGAUCAGUUCCUCCUCUCUGCCAGUCAUCACAACAUACGUAUCUUUGACACUUCCAAGUGGGACUAUAACAACAAACAAUGGAACUUUACAUCACAUCAUGUUGGAGGACAUAUUAGAUCAAUUGCUAUCAGUCCUGAUGGAAAUAGAUUGGCUGUUAUAUUCUUGAAGAAUAGAAGUACAACCAAUAAUGAUACAUUGAUUGCGUUAUAUAGAUUGAAGACAACACCCAACCUAUCGAUCACUCCUCGAGGCUUCCUCAAGAAACGAAACCACCCAGUUCAAUCAAUAUCCUUUGUUCCAAACUAUACCAAAGGUUCACUUCUAAGUGCUGUAUAUAAUGAUGGAGUAAUCACAUAUUUCCCAUUGUUAUACAAUACCAAG